AUGAAAGAAGUUGAGAAUCGAGUCAACUCCACUGACAACUCCACGUUUGACAUCGAUGUUCUGUGCCCAGUUAAUAUAGAUUUCACCGAAUGGUUCCUGCCCGCUUUCUACCUCGUUCUCUCUCUCUUGGGGCUUUUGGGGAAUACACUGGGCUUGUGGACCUUAUGCAGAAGUUCACGGAGGAACAACUGGAAUCCCUUCAAUGUGCUAUUGUGUAACUUAGCAAUUGCAGACUUGUUUUAUGUGAUUACACUGCCCUUCUUUGUGUCCUACUAUCUUCGUGGACAUGUAUGGCUCUUUGGCCAAAGCUGGUGCAAACUAACUCGACUUUUCUUCCAUGUCAACCUUUAUGCCAGCAUUAGCUUUCUGACCUGCAUCAGUGUUCAUCGUUAUCUGCACAUUGUGCAUCCAAUGAAGAUGAUAGGAAGAUGUCAAACACUUGGCUCUUCUGUCUUUCUGAGUGUUUUGGUCUGGGUCUGGGUCACAAUUCAACUUUCUCCUGAUUUAACUUUUAGCAAAAUGGAUCUCAAGCCUCAGAAGUGCCAUGACUCAACCACACACAAAAACCUGGAGCCUUAUUUGUUAUACUUUCAGAUUUUAACAGUGACUGGCUUUGCUAUUCCUUUCUUCAUUGUCACAGGAUGCUAUUGUCAUGUGGUCAUUGUCCUCAGGAGGAACAAAAACAUGGAUCCUAACCUCAAGCAGAAGAGCAUCAAAUUGGCAAUUAUGGUAACAAUACUUUUCUAUGUGUGUUUCCUCCCUUAUCAUAUCUUUAGGAACCUUAACUUCUUGUCUCGGAGAUGGCAACAUCAGGGAUUUUGCAAUCAGACUUUAAAGAAUAUUUAUAUCUUCUACCAAGUGACUCGAGUCUUGGCUAGCCUGAAUAGUGUCCUGAACCCUUUGUUAUACUUGCUGGCCCGUGAGGAUUUAGGGGCGCAGCUGAGGAAAUUUGGUAGAAGCAUCAGAUUGAGUCUGAAGACUUCUUUCCAGGACAAAAUCCAACAUUUGGAAUUAAGGCAAUCAAAUAUUAUGCUUGAUAAAGAAUGUGAAGAGACACUAUCUAGCGAGCUCUGAAUGAUUGUUUUGAAGGAACA